AUGAGCGAUAAGGAAGGAUUCGACGUUGCAAUACAAACAAGUCGCACAAUUUUACGCUUUCUCGGAGUAUGGCCAGAUCCAAAACGAAAAGAAAGCUGGAUAUACAGUGGUCACUUCCUUAUACCGGCUAUUGUUAUGUUCUACUUCGUCAACAUACCGCAAACUAUGAUGGUAACGAAAGUCUGGGGUGACUUGAACGCCGUACUUGAAGUCUUAACCACAUCUGACAUUCCAAUCGGCAUAGCACUUUUCAAAAUGCUGGGCAUCUGGUACAACAGAGAUGUAUUGGGUCAGCUUGUCGUAUCCAUGUCGGAGGAUUGGAAAAGCGUCAAGUCCCCAGAGGAACGAGACGUUAUGUGGAGAAAUGCUAGACUAAGCCGUCUACUGUCCGUCACAAUCAUCGGUUUAGCUGAGGGUACGAUUGUCGCGCAGUUUGCGAUGGUCAUCUACUUUAACGUCCUUGAGGCCAGACAAUAUAGUUUAACAAAGGACAACGUUACCGCAAGGUUUAGGCCAUUGUACAUGAGCGCCCAGUUCUUCUACGAUGCCCAAAAAUCUCCCAACUAUGAGAUACACUGGCUGUUCCAGUGCUCGUCAACUAUUUUCGCAGCAUCAGCAUUUUCCUCUGUAGACGCGUUCUUUGCAGUACUGAUGUUGCAUCUUUGUGGCCAGCUGAAUAAUCUGAGAGAGAAACUGAAAAAGUUACCAAAGCAAAUCAGUGAUAAAGGAGGAGGAUCUUUUGUGGAAAAGCUCUCUGAGAUUGUCACCAGGCAUGAUCAUCUUGAUAGGUUUGGCAAUGCAAUCGAAGAUGCGUUUAACGUAAUGUUUCUUGUACAAAUGGUAGCAUCUUCCAUGGUUCUUUGUCUUCAAGGAUAUCAACUAGUGAUGAUAACAACUGCAGGAGAUGGCAUUCCGCUCUUCGAAUUGAUCUUUAUGAUAUACUUCACAUGCUGUUUCACUUUCAGUUUGUUUGUCUAUUGUUACGUUGCUGAAGUCUUGCGUACAGAGAGUAUGGAAGUUGGUAAUGCGGCAUAUGAAAGUAACUGGUACGACUUACCUUCCUGUGAAACCAAAUUAUUGAUGCUUGUAAUAAUUCGAGCAAAAAAACCGUUUAAAAUCACGGCAGGAAAAUUUGCGGCUUUUUCUUUAGGACUCUAUUGCAGCAUUUUAAGAUCAUCUGGAGGUUACCUUUCUAUGUUACUGGCAAUGAAAGACAGAUUGGCUAGUUAA